CGGCGCAGGCGCGGUGCCUCGGGAGGCCUGGAUUUGCAGCACCACCCUUGGCAAGGAGGGCCAACUGGGCCCUUUGCGGGCCCCGGUUUUGGGGGCCUCACCCGAGCGAUGCCUCGCUAUUGCGCAGCGAUUUGCUGUAAGAACCGUCGGGGACGAAACAGUAAGGACCGGAAGCUGAGUUUUUAUCCGUUUCCUCUACAUGACAAAGAAAGACUUGAAAAAUGGUUAAAGAAUAUGAAACGAGAUUCAUGGGUACCCAGUAAAUACCAGUUCCUGUGUAGUGACCAUUUUACUCCUGACUCUCUUGACAUCAGAUGGGGUAUUCGAUAUUUGAAACAAACUGCAAUUCCAACAAUAUUUUCUUUGCCUGAAGACAAUCAGGAAAAAGACCCUUCCAAAAAAAAAUCUCAGAAGAAAAAAUUAGAUGAGAAAGAAGUGUGUUUAAAAGCCAAGUCACAAGAAUCAUUUGCAUCAAGUGAGCUAAAGAAAAAUACAGUUAAUACAGAUGUCCUCCCUGAACACACAGAAUUACUUAAUUCAUCUACCUUGGUCAAGCUACCAGCUCCAAAACCAGAAAGUAUACAAAAUAACAUAUUAACUCUUAAUCUGGUUAAACAAGAUACUGGAAAACCAGUAUCUACCUUGGAAACAUCAGUUACCCAAGACAUAGAUAUAGGUGGUUUUCACACAUCUUUUGAGAAUCUAAAUUCUACAACUAUUACUUUGACAACUUCAAAUUCAGAAGAUGUUCAGCCAUCUUUGGAAACCCAAGAAGUGUUUGAAAUAACUACGAAUCACCUUGCUAACCCAAACUUUACAAAUAAUUCCAUGGAAAUUAAGUCAGCACAGGAAAGUCCAUUCUUACUCAGCACAAUUACUCAAACAGUUGAAGAAUUAAAUGCAAAUAAAGAAUCUGUUAUUGCCAUUUUUGUACCCACACAAAAUUCCAAACCAAUUAAUUCUUUUGUAUCUGCUGAAAAAGAAACCGUGGAAAUGGGAGAUCUAGGCAUUGAAGACUCCUUAUAUAAGGAUAUAGACUAUGAGACAGAAGUUUUACAAACUGAACAUUCUUACUGCAGACAAGAUAUAAAUAAGGAACAUCUCUGGCAGAAAGUCUCUAAACUACAUUCAAAAAUAACUCUUCUUGAGCUACAAGAACAACAAACUCUUGGAAGAUUGAAGUCUUUGGAAGCUCUUAUAAGGCAGUUAAAACAGGAACACUGGCUAUCUGAAGAAAAUGUCAAGAUUAUAGAAAACCAUUUCACAACAUAUGAAGUUACUAUGAUAUAGAGUGUAAAGAGGUUUUAAUGCUACGACUUUUAUAAAGCUUUUUGCAGCCAAACCAACUUACAUGUAAAGUGAACUUUUUCCUGUAUAAAGUUCCAUCUUAAGCGAAAAAGGUAUUCUAACGUUAAAAACUGCAUCCUGUUCUUGUAAUGUUCAUUUUUUAAGAAAAACUAGAGUUUUUGGGCUGUAGAGAAAAAGUUUCACUACUUGGUAAUCUUCCAAAUUGGAAUGAAUAAAUAAUACGAUUCAUAAAAUGAGAGAACAUGGAUAUGGUGAAAGGAGCCCAGAAGAGAAAUCAGGCUCAGGUAUCAGUCCUGGUUCUACCAUUGGCAUAUGACUUGGGCAAAUUACUAUUGAGCCUCAGUCUGUAAUCUGUAAAAUAAGGGCACUUAACUAAAUCUAGUCUGUUUAUAGUUUCUUUCUAUUAAAAUACUUUUUAAAUAGAAGAACUUUUUUAUAAGGUAAUAUAUACUUACAUUAUACUAUAUGUUGGCUAAUAUUUGAUGUUAUUUACUAUUGAAUUAUCUUCAAAAUUGAAUUCCGUGGUGUUUGACUUGUUGACUGCGGUUAUUUGUAAUAAAGGAAAGUACUCCUUUUAUAAUUUUAUUCCAGUUGAACUAAAAUAACCAUCCAUUAGCCCAGUUUGUAGGAGAGGUACUUUAAACUUAAAAGAAUAUGUAUUUUGGUACCUUAUAUGUAGCUGACCAUCAUAAUACAUAGUCAUUUAAUCUUAACAUUCUGUAUUUAAGGUUGUAAUUUAUAAACCAAAAAUUUUAAUGAGGUUAAUUUUUUAAAAUCUAUAUAUAUAUAUUACUAUAUUUUAGAAAUCAUAGCUUGUAUCUAUUUAAUGUGUAGCUUUCUAAAGUAUGUGCUUUUGUCAUUUUUAAAUUCCAGAGUGAUAGAGUAGUACUUGAUAUUAUACAUGCCCAUUUACAUACAUUUUAUUAAAAUUUAUAAGCAAGUAACUAGGUAUACGGUAAUGUUCUUAGACUAGGAAAGGAAUGAUGGUGAUACUAAAAAAAAGAAAGAAAGCAAAGACAGUGGGAACAACAGAAAUGUGAAAAAUAAUGAUCUUCUAAAAUUGGGUGUUAAUUAAAUGUUGUUAUAUUAUUGAGCAAGUUCCUAUCAGUCCAAUUCAUACUUUUCUCAUCUUUUUUAUAAAAAAUACUAUUACCUUUCUCAGAGGGUUUUGAGAAUUCUGUGAGGUAACAUGUUUUUGGUUCUGGAAAAUGGGAGGUGCUCAAUAAAUAUUAGUUGACUGCACAGCAGAUAGUAUACUAACUAUUUUGUAAAUUCAUGGUGACUAUUUUUGGCCACACUUUUGUUUUUUCAAGCUAAAAAAAUUAAUUGGUAUUAUAUAAAUAUGUGCUAAAUACAAAAAGUUGAUUUAGAGAUAUCUUUAUUUGACCAUGGGAGGGGAAAAAAAAACCUUAAAUUUUUGCAUAAAUGAUGUGCAGAUAAUUGGUAGAAUUAAUAUGUUAUUUUUAAGUAUUCCUGUGUUGCAUUUUAUAGUACUUCUUUAAAAUAAAUAGUAUAGAUGAGAAUAACCUUGAUAAGUCAUUAUAAAAUAAUGUUUCAACUCUUUUUAAUUGUGUAUAUUGUAUUUUCUCUUUGAAGUUGUAGUUUACUCAGGAAUAAUUUAACCUAGUUGUAUUUCUUUAAACUUAAUAAAUUAUAAAUAUUUAAGAUAAUUUCUUGGCUUGCCUAUAUUCAGUUCAGGAUGUUUCCAACCUGUUAAUUUGUAAAUAUAUUUGGGGGCUCUACCCAACUUUAUUUCUUAGUUGGAUUAUUAUAGGGUCUCUUAACUAAUCCUGCCAAUAUUUUCACUUCUGUCUGUAUCUUCUAUAUUCUCCUGUCAGCUUUUUUACUUCAACUUGUAGAUCUAACUAUAUCAUCCACUCACUACUUAACUUUCCCAGCUCAGAAAUCUGAAAUUACUCUUGAAUAUGUACAGAAUAAAGCUGAGCUUGUUACCAUAUAUGAUCCUCUGUGAUUUGCUUCAUCCUGUGUUCUAGCCAAACUGGACUACUUAGCAUUUUCCAAACAUGCCAUGCAGGUGACUUUCUUCAUCCUUAUUUUAUUCCCUGAAUCCAACCAGUCAAAAUUGAAGCUUUGGUUGAGUUUUGUUUCCCUUUUUCUAGUCAAAAUUGUUUUCUCUCUGCUCUUACAGGGCUUUGUUUUAUAACAUUCUAACAGUGUUUGCCUUAUACUUUUUUAUAUUGUGAUAUCUUUGGCUGUUCUUUCAACUAGACUGUAAGCUUUUUAAAGCAGGAUUUUCAUUAAUCACUGGUUUCUUUGACAAUGUAAUUCACUCAAUAAAUGUUUGGAUGAAUAUUUUGAA